AUGACCCUGCCCCCGCCAAGCGUGUCCCUCUUCUCCCCAAGCCAGGUGGCCCGUGUUUGCGAAGCCUUGCAGGAGAGCGGGGAAUUCGAACGCCUGGCCCGCUUCUUGUGGUCCCUCCCGCCGUCGCUCACCUUCCGGCACCACGACGGCCUCCGCUGUGCCCACGCCGCCUGCCAGGACUCGGAGUUGCUAGCCAACCCGCUGCCGUCGGCCACAUGGCUGGCACCCUGCUGCGGCCAGGCCCCCGUCUUCCACCUGGAACCUUUCGGGACCCUCAGGCCCGGAGACAGAUUUUGGGGACCCCUGGUUGACCGACCUCCCGCCCAUAAGAAACUGCCCUCUCUGUCGAGGGAUCCCGUCCAAGAUGGGGAACAGAAAAUGAAUGGCUUCAAGGAAAGGACACGCAAUCUACUGAGGGAAUGGUAUCUCCAGGACCCGUACCCCAACCCCUCCCGUAAAAGGCAUCUGGCCCAGGCUACAGGGCUCACCCCCACGCAGGUGGGGAACUGGUUCAAAAACCGGCGGCAAAGGGAUCGUGCCGCAUCGGCCAAGAACAGGCUUCAAAAAGAGCCGCCCAUCCAGCUGAGUGGCUCUAAGGACCCUCCUCGGGAUGAGAGCCCACCUGGCGCCCCCUGCCUGCCAGAGGACAGCAGUAUGCCCACUGAGCAGGGGGAUCCCACCGCUCCCACCAGUGAGGACAAGAGCAACCAGGGAGCGCUGAAGAGCUGGGGAGACUAA